CGAGUCUUACAAAUACUGUCGUUUUUCUAAAGAAAACGUUUAAAUUUUCAAUAUUAUUAUUUCGUCUUCUACUUUUACGUUUUCUAACCAAAAACCUAUGAAGCAAUGGCUUCGGGACUAGAAAACUAUGUGAAUCAAACAGUGUCAGUGAUAACUUCAGAUGGUCGGAAUUUUAUUGGAACUUUAAAAGGUUUUGAUCAAACUAUAAAUAUAAUAUUGGACGAGUCUCACGAGAGAGUGUUUUCUUCGUCAACUGGUGUGGCGCAGGUGGUUCUAGGACUGCAUAUAAUACGCGGCGACAAUGUAGCGAUUGUUGGUCAAAUAGACGAGUCGAUUGAUAGCAGACUGGACCUUGGAAACAUAAAAGCCGAACCGUUGGGAUCGAUUGUACAUUAACUAAUUUUAAGGAUAUGUAAUAAAUAAGUCUUAUGUA